GUAGAAUCAUGUUUUACAUGAAGCACUGCGCCUCAAUGCGUCUGACACUUUGCUGCGCGAUAAAUAACUCCCAAGGAGAUUUUCUCAGUGAAUUUUCUGUGAGAAAACAGCAAUAAUAACGCAAAGACGAGGGUUCAUCCGAUGGAUUUGGAGCUGGAGAAUCGGGAGAGUGAGAAGGAUCGGAAGAGUGGUUGCGAUAGUGAUGUGAAUCUGAGCAUAAAGAAACCCUCGAGAGUCCUUCACUUCUCUGAUGGCGUCCUUGAGGAGUUUAGCGACACGGAGGACGAGGUGGACCAAAACAAGAACAAAGUGGAAGUAUCAACCAUCGAUGAGAGUCAGAUGAAUUGGCCCACGUGGAUGAUUCAUAAGGCUGGCCAGACAAAGGACACCGUCGUGUCGGGAUGCGAAUACGUGGGCGAGGCUCUGGCAUCCUUCCUGGGCAUCACCACGUCGAAGUUCGACAUGGAGUACGAGGAGUACAGGCGGAAAGAGGAGCAGAAGGCGCUGGAGGAGAAGGAGUCUCAGGGUUGGCAGCCAUCAAGCGAAGGGAAUAACGUUCCUGUCGUUGUCCACAAGUAUUAAUGAGUCCACAGAAAGAAUUUUUAUUUAUAUUUUUACACAAAUCACUUAUCAAUGUAUCAGCUAUGCAAGGAGAAUUGAUAACAAUUAUCGGUGUGAUUCACCACGUGA